GUAUGUUAGGUAUGUUAUCCUGCAAAUGGCUGAUGCUGAAGGACGUAGGUUUGGUGGAAGAAGCGAUAAGCAAGACAAACGUAAAAAAUAUAAGUGUGAUUCUGAUUACGCUUUAAGGAAACGCUUACCUCCUCGAUUACCACGCAGGAAUAACGACAUUUAUAUUACAAAUAAGUCAAAUUACCAGGGUCAGCUCUCGCGAUGUGAGAAACUGUUGAAUGAAGGGGAGUCAGAUAUUGUGAUACAUGGACUGGGUGCAGCAGUCCCGCGGGCCGUAAAUUUAGCUCUUCAGCUUAAGACGAAGCACCUAGGGACUGUAGAGGUUGCUGUGAACACUUCCACAGUCGACGUUGUGGAUGACCUGGAGCCAUUAGAUGAUCAAGGAGAGUAUGAGACACACGUGCGACAGAACUCUUCUGUUCACAUCCGUGUGUACCGAACAGCUUUGCGUGGAGCUCAGAGGCGAUGGACUCAAUGCAUAUUUUUGUACGAUUGUAUUUAUCCGGAUGCAACUGGAAGGCCUAUACAAGGUGGCACUCUUACGGGCAUCAUGGAGCUUUUUAUUCCUCGUUCUGCUGUUUGUGUUCAAGUUCCUCCUGUGCCAGAAGCUUUCAGGGCAAGGCAACCAUGAGUACUCCGAAGUGUUGGCCCCUAUAUUUAUCCUGCUGCAGCUCAUCAUGGUGAGGGCCUGCCAGAUGCACUGAGGAUAUGUACUGUGAACUUCAAAAUGCAGUCAGUGCUUUCCUGUAAUAAUAUUAAAAAUAAAAAUGAGAAUGUUAUGGAUGCUGGA